GAGAGGUGGCGGUGGUUUUGUACGGUGUAGAAAAGAGGGGUUAAGUGAGCCGUGCCGGGCCGUAGAAGCGAGCUAGCGGUGGCGCGGCCCGUGCUCGUGCCAUAGGGCCUCUGCCAGGCAGUAGUGCAAUCGUUUACAAGAUGGCAGACGGUCCGUCCGCGGAAGACGCGGCCACCGACCUAGGGGACAGUGAUUCUCGUUUAACGAGGGAGCGACACAAACGUCAGGACGCAUCGUGUUCGAUGACGUCCUUGAGCACGGGUCAGGAUAUCUCGAGACGCAUCCACGAAGACGCUUUGGUGCCUGAAAAUCAUCCUCAUCAUCCUCAUCAUCGGCAUCAACAUCGUCUUGCCCGUCGGAAUUAUCAUACCAAUCCUUAUCUCCCUCGUCGGAAUCCUAGUAGUGCUAAUAGUAAUAACAACAACGGCAAUAGCAACAACAACUAUCAUCUUCACCAUCAUUAUCAUCGUCGCGAGCACGAGGACGAGGAGGUGGACGGUAACGAGCGUGUUAGUAAAAAUGAGAGUGGUAGUGGUGGUUGUGUUGACACGAUGUGCAUUGCUCCGUUUACGUCACCGACCAGUGACGACUAUGACGACUACGACGAAGACGACGAGGACGAUGACGAGGACGAAGAAGAGGAGGACGAGGACGAGGACGAGGAAGAAGAGGAAGAGGACGAGGUAGAAGAGAAGAGAGUGAACGGGAAGAAAGGUGUGACGAAAAAGUGCCGUGGCGGUGUUCGAAUAGAUUUAAUAAAGACAGUGAAAAAUGAAGAGAGCGAUAGCGAUAAUAGUAAUAGUAACAGUAACGGUAGUAGUAAUAAUAAUAGUAGCAGCAGUGGUGGCGAGGGUGGCGCGAUGACCGGUCACGCGACGCGCGGUGACAAUGCCGGGUGCUCGGUCGGCGACGGUCGACGGUCGAGGUCCGCGGUCGUCGCAGCUUUCCUCGACGCGAAUCCACCGAACGAACGUGCGAGCAAAAUGAACGAGUGCCGCGUACAUCGCGACAACGACGAAGACGAGGACGAGGACGAGCACGAGCACGCGUUAGAAAAAGCCAACCGUCUCGGAUGUGAUAAGAGUAGUAGUAGCGAGGCCGGCAGAGACGAGGACGCCGCACGAAAAACGACGGACGGCAUUGCUAGUGAUGGUAGUAGUGAUGGUGGUAGUAGUAGUAGUGGUAGUGGUGGUGCUGCUGCCGCUGCUGCUGUUUCUGCUUCUGGUGGUGGUGCUGCUGGUGCCGCUGGUGUUACUGCAAAUGGCCUCGUUGCCGGCAGGCAUCAGGGCAGCCCUUUCAAGGGACAGGUUAGGACGGCCGAGGACACCCUCGUCGGCCCUUGCGGCAAGAAGCGGUGCGCCGAUCGAUACGACAGCUCCGAGAGUUCUGACAGUGGCGUGGCCGUGUCCUGCGGGGAGUGCAGCAGCAGCGGUACCAGCGAUAUCACGGAGCCGGGUUCCCCGUGCAGCACCAGCAGCGACGAAGGGGUAGCGAUACGUGGCGCGUCUGCCAGUCCACUUCCGUCCCUACCCAAGCUGGCGCCGUCCUCGCAGAUCAGUACCAGGCCCCAGUGGCCCUGGACCCCGCCGUUGGCGGCCACCGCGUGCUCGACCUACAAGAGGCUCAGAGGCGAGCCCGAGGCUGGCACCCUCCCGAGGUCCGGGGCCGCGGAUCCCAGCUUCAGGGGUACCACCAAGUCCAACGGUGGCAAACCCAACGCUGGUCACCAUCAUCAUCACGAGUCUCAGGGCAAGAUCACCGAGUACUUCAAGACUCAAAUCAAACCUCAGCAACCUAAGAUCAAGAAGAACAGCGAGGCCAUGUCCGUGCUGGUGGCGAAGAGCUCGACGGAAUUUCGGAGGCCGCCCACGGUACAGAGGAACAAGGGCGGAUUGGCCAAGUAUCUGGGUACCGUGACGCCGAACGGACGAACCACGUCGACCAACGACUGGGAAGCGAGAACGAUGACAAUGUCGCCACCACCUACGAAGAAGCCGUCGCUGGUGAUCGUACCGAGGACCAAUGGUAAGAUGGACAAGAAGUUGCCCAAGCCAGUGCCCAGUUUACCCAUCUCGAACGACGUACUGAAGAACAUACCGAGUUGCAAGAUCUCGUCACUCAGGUUAACCACUUCGGAAGCAGCUUCCAAUGCGAAAAACAGUUCGCCAACGUCUGUGCCGACUCCUUCUCUCACCAACGAGACAACAAAUCUCGAUUUUAAAGGUUGCAUUCUAUCCAAGCCGCACGUUAACGAGAACAACAACCUGACAAACGGUUGCGGCGGCAUUUUGGGUUCGCUGAGGUCCCAGACCAGCCAGGACCCGUUCACGAGGUUAUCCGUGACCGAGGAUACCGAUGACGGUAAGGAGAGACAGGUGAGAGCAGCGGACGAGGACGACGUGGAGGAAGAGGAGGAAGAUUCGAGAAGUAGCGAGUCUAAGGCGCCCCUAUCGCCGAUACUCUCUGCGCCAACCACCAUACGAUUUCCUGCCAGGGAACCGGAGAAAGACAGGCAACACGGUACCGAUAGCGGGGUCUGUCGAUGGGACAAGUGCGACGAGAACUUCGAGUCCAGCAGCGAGCUUCUAGAACAUUUACAGGUAGCGCACAUCAACACGCAAACCGGAGGCGACAAUUUCGUGUGUCAGUGGCAAGGCUGCAAGGUCCAAGGGAGGACUUCCUGUUCGCGGAGGUGGCUGGAACGACACGUGUUGUCUCACGGAGGCAACAAACCCUUCCCGUGCAUAGUCGACGGCUGUGGCAGCAGAUUCAGCUCUCAGACCGCUCUCGAGAGGCACGUGAACGGGCACUUCAAUCAACCGGAAACCAGCAACAAUAACGCGAAACGGAGCUGCGAGAGCGGUGGGAAGCUGGUGAGAAGAAACGGCAAACGUCUUCGAUACAGGCGACAACCUUGGUCAGCGAGACUCUUCGAUUAUUUCGACUCCGGAGUGAUGGAGGGUCUCCAGCACAGGUUACUCCAGCUGGCAAAGUCGAGGACGCAAGGUCGUCUCGCGGAGACACCAGGAAAUUCGAUGGCCCUAACUAGUCAAGUAUUAGCACGAAGAGUAGAAUUGGACGGAAAGACUAAAGUUUUAUUACGGUGGUACCCCCCGGACAUCGAGCCAGACGAGUGGGUAUUGGAGUCCGAAGUACAAAGCACGAAAAACGUAGGGAUACGAAAAGUUGCGUCGUCUCACCCGGAAGAAGUGAGUCUGGCUCUAUAUUCGGCGGUAAACGGCGGCACGCCGCCAUUGAUGCGACUGAAGCAGCGCCGGAAACCGGUUAAGAACUCGUGAUAAUGCCCAUCACGGUGAUCGAGAACAAGCGUGACGAAGUAGCGACGACUAAGCCAGAAAAUGAAUAGGGACGAGUCCUGUAUCAGGACGAUUGUGCUUUCUGGUCCGGACAGAGAGAGAGCCUGGCGAGAUUAACCGGAACCUGAACGUGUCGAGAGGAGGACCGGGCUAUGACGUCCUCUGUCUGCAAGAGGAGGAGACGCACGGUACGGAGUAUAGAUGGAUAUGCAAACGAGUCCAUGGCGAAACGGAGAACCGAUAUUCGAGAAAGAUACUACGCAAAGAUCGGGACGAAUCUGUGACGAGCUCCAGAGGGUUUGCAUCGCAAGCGAGGACAGGAAGAGAGGGGGAGACAAAUAACGGACAAACAUUAAGAAUGUAGCUAAGCAUACCCAAAGUGGGGGGAAAGAGGAAUACAUUCUAAUUUAUUUAGCCUAAAUCGAACGAUCGUUAGGUGAUAUAU